AUGAUGAAGCUCACCAAUACCCUUAUUUGUCUGACCCUUGUAGUCCUUGUCACUUGCAGAACCCUCGAGCUGGAGGACGACCAAACAAUUGGGUGGGGCAAAGCAGAGGAGGAUGAGCAAACAAUUGGGUGGGGCAAAACAGAGGAGGAUGACCAAACAAGUGGUUGGGGCCGGGCAGAAGCAGCUGAGGGGAACAUGGGUGGAGGUGCUGAGCUUGCGGAGGGGAAUAUGGGUGGAGGUGCUGAGCUUGCGGAGGGGAACAUGGGUGGAGGUGCUGAGCUUGCGGAGGGGAACAUGGGUGGAGGUGCUGAGCUUGCGGAGGGGAACAUGGGUGGAGGUGCUGAGCUUGCGGAGGGGAACAUGGGUGGAGGUGCUGAGCUUGCGGAGGGGAAUAUGGGUGGAGGUGCUGAGCUUGCGGAGGGGAACAUGGGUGGAGGUGCUGAGCUUGCGGAGGGGAACAUGGGUGGAGGUGCUGAGCUUGCGGAGGGGAAUAUGGGUGGAGGUGCUGAGCUUGCGGAGGAGGAGCAGCACUUUGGUCUUGGAGCAGGAGAGGGAAUAUUUUAA